GUUAGAGAGAAUCGGAGAAAAAGUUUCGAGAGAAGCUUUAGAUAAAUUGAUUCUGUCGCAUUCGAGUAUUACAACUUGUGUCUGUGACGUGAGCGAGUGAGGACAAUUUACUGUGACGUCAUAAUAGCCAGCAAUAUAGGGGUGGAAGGUGAAUACCCCGCUCUACAAGCGGAGAAUUUCGAAAUUUCAAACCUGGAUCCCGGAUACUCGCCGCCGUUGGCGGACGACUCAAGGUCGGGGUCGUUCACAAGUUUUAUGAACGAAUCAUUCGCCAUUUUCGGUCAGGACGAGAAACUGGGAGCAAAGAUGGCGGACCCUCAUGGAGGCUGCGUGUCGGCCUCGCUUAAUUGCGACCCGCCGCAUCCCUCUAUGCGUAGGAUGUGGCUCCCCUAUACACGACCAAUACAUACUACGUGUCGCUCCCAACCUUGAGUGGCAUGCUGGUUGCUUAAAAUGCGCUGAUUGUGGUCAAUACUUGGACGAGACGUGCACGUGUUUUGUAAGGGAUGGGAAAACGUAUUGUAAACGGGAUUACACAAGGUUAUUCGGAACAAAAUGCAACAAGUGUGGUCUCUGCUUCAGUAAGAACGACUUUGUAAUGCGAGCCAGAGACAAGAUAUAUCACAUACAAUGUUUUAAGUGUGUGGCUUGUAGCAGGCAGUUAAUACCAGGGGACGAAUUCGCUCUAAGAGACGACGGUUUGUUCUGCAAAGCUGACCAUGAAGUUGCAACAUCCGGGGACAUGAUGGUUCACGACGGCCACAUGAUUCCGGGAAUUCCCCAAACCCCGAACCCUCAAGGGGUCAUCAGCCCUCAAAUGGGGGGCGAGAGGGUGAUCAGCCAUCGGUCGGGUGGGCACAGUGGGGGGCAAAGGCGAAGCAAAGAUGCGAAGACGACGCGAGUUAGGACAGUGCUCAACGAGAAACAACUCCACACGCUUAGAACUUGUUACGCGGCCAACUGUCGACCUGACGCUCUAAUGAAAGAACAACUCACAGAAAUGACUGGACUAUCUUCGCGUGUAAUAAGGGUUUGGUUCCAAAACAAAAGAUGCAAAGACAAGAAACGUUCCAUAGCUUUGAAACAAAUCCAGGAGCAGCAAGCGAAGCAACAGCAUAAUAACGAACAGGGUAAUAACGUCCAGGGUUUAUCAGGGAUGAACGGAGUCCCCAUGGUUGCAUCAGAACCUGUAAGAAACGACAACUCAGUUAGUGUAGCUCCUGUUGAAGUGAGGAACUACCAGCAACCAGCUUGGAAAGCACUCAGCGACUUUGCUCUUCAAAGCGAAAUAGAACAACCGGCCUUCCAACAACUGAUGAACAACUUUUCCGAUCAAGGUCAAGGCUCGAUAUCCGAUUCGUCCGAAAUCAGUAGCAUUCCUUCAGUUUCCUCAGCCAGCAUGGAUUCGACCACAUGUUCCACCCCGCACACAGUCGAAUCAACUGUACCGGCGUGUAGCUAACACGACAAACAAUUACAAACAUUCAUCAUACGUUUGUGUAGAUUCGUAGUUUUUGUUAGACCCGCAAUAUUGUCCCAUCUGCAAAAUGCAACCAAAGAAGAAAAUAUUCUUCUGGCAACUAACUUAUAUAAGCUGCUUAAAACUUAAGCGGCAAAUUGUUUCCUUCCCGGAUCUUACACACAAGCCAUAGGCAGUGUUGCCGAGUAUUUAACGCAGUGUUGCCGAUUGUUCCAAUUUUUGUGUUCCCAAGUAAUAUAAACCACGUCAUUAUGACGUCACAAAAAUGACGUAGUUCCACGUCACAAUCAAACCAACAAGCACAAUCAACAAAAGACAAAUCUCGUUAUUUUUAGAUACGGUGCGUAGUAUGCAUGUCGUCUUAUAUUUUGUCUCAUUGUGGUCGCAAUUUACAAAAUAAAAUCAAAAA